UGGCCUACAGGAGAUGGAUCUUUAUUGUCACUAUGACACUGGCACUAGCCUGUUUCAACUUACUCACUAUGUUCAAAUGCAUUGGAAUUUGCUCAGUCUGUCUGCAGGACAUGUCUAUUUUCCAACCAAACAGAGGUUUUUUGAAUAUGCCAGAUAUAGAUUGCAGAAAGGAUCCACCCUUCCUAAUAAUACUUGUAACAACUCUUCAUAACCAAAUUAAGACCCGGAUGGCUAUCCGUGAGACGUGGGGCAAGGAACGAAUAAUCACUGACAAACGUAUUAUGACAUUUUUUCUUUUAGGAAGUACUUCGUAUCCCCAUGAUGAGAUUACUGUUACGAUGGAAAGUUUCAUUUAUAAAGACAUCAUUCAAAAGGAUUUUUUGGAUACUUACUAUAAUUUAACUUUAAAGACUUUGAUGGGCCUUGAAUGGGUUCACAGAUUUUGUCCACAGUCUAGUUUUGUAAUGAAAACUGACUCUGAUAUGUUUGUCAACCCACUUUUUUUGACAGAACUUCUUUUGAAAAAAAACAGAACCACCAGGUUCUUUACAGGUGCCUUAACAAUGCAUUCUAAUCCAGUAAGGGAUCCAAAAAGUAAGUGGUAUGUGAGUAAAGAGGAGUAUCCAUGGAACAAAUACCCUAACUGUUGUUCAGGAGCUGCUUAUGUUUUCUCCACUGAUGUUGCUAGUCAUAUGUACAUAGUUUCUAAAAAGACCCCUUUUUUAAAACUAGAGGACAUAUUUGUAGGUCUGUGCCUUUUUCAGCUUAAAAUCAAACUGGAAGCACUUCAUUCAGAGCCAGUAUUUUUUGUAGGCCGAAUUGAAUUCUCUCCAUGUCGCUACAGGAGACUUGUCACAAGCCAUUUUAUCACACCUGCUGAGAUGCUUGCAUUCUGGCGUGAACUGGAGAAGUCCAUUGAUGAGGAAUGCCCAGGUACUCACUCUUAAAUUCACAAAGGAUAUUCAAGGAUCAAAAAAUACUAGUCUUGUAGGUGACAAACAGCCAAGUUCAGAGUGCUGCAUUCUUUACCCAGUCACAAAGCAGAUAUAAUUUGCAAGCAAUAUUCAGUUUUCAAUAUCCAUCAAUAUGAAUCUUCCUUUGCCAUAUAUGUAUUGUUUUGAACUUUUAACUAUGCAGUU